UAAAGUACAGGUAGGACGGGCGGAGUCCAUAAGUGUUGAUCUUGUCAGCUGCUCGUGUGAUGGAGCUGUUUAACGCUUAUGUUCAAAGGCAAACCCUCUUCUCAUCGCCCGUUUUCGUUUUAACUUCACGCAGAACUUUUAAACUGAACUAAACUCCAAGGAAUGACUGAAAUGAACUUGAGUUGAAGUCGGUUUUUGCCCGCGAAGCUACAACUUUAAGCAACCUUUGUUUCUUGUCUUGGAUCUAUUGUGUAGAUUUAAAGAGAAUAAUCAUGCCUGAUCAACUGACAGUGCCGGAGUUUGUGGACAUUACCCAUGAGGACUAUAAAGCACCGACAACAUCAGUGUUCUGCACGCGCAUGGCUCACUGCAGAAAUACAGUCGCCGCUCUGGAAGAGGCGCUGGAUCUGGACCGCAGUGUACUGCACAAAAUGAAGAAGUCAGUCAAGGCCAUAAACAGCUCUGGUCUGACUCAUGUAGAGAACGAGGAGCAGUACAUCCAGGCCAUGGAGAGGUUUACGGAUAACACUGUGUACAAAGAUGACCCUGAGAUGUCCAAUUACUUCCUCACAUUCGCUGGUUUCACCAAGGAGCUCACUGCUCUUUUCAAGAACUUGUUGCAAAACAUGAAUAACAUCAUCACGUUUCCACUAGACAGUCUGCUAAAGGGAGACCUCAAAGGAGUCAAAGGGGAUUUGAAAAAGCCAUUUGAUAAAGCAUGGAAGGAUUAUGAAACCAAACUGAACAAGAUUGAGAAAGAAAAGCGAGAACAUGCCAAACAACACGGUCUGAUCCGUACAGAGAUCAGCGGUGGAGAGAUUGCAGAAGAGAUGGAGAAAGAGAGACGCCUGUUCCAGCUUCAGAUGUGUGAGUACCUCAUUAAAGUGAAUGAAAUCAAAGUCAAAAAGGGGGUCGACCUGCUUCACAACCUCAUCAAAUACUUUCAUGCCCAGUGCAAUUUUUUUCAGGAUGGGCUAAAAGUUGUGGACAAUCUGAAACCUUUCAUGGAAAAGCUUGCCACAGACUUAACAGCGGACAAGCAGACACAAGAUGCGGAAAGGAAACAGUUGCUGCAGCUGAAAGAAACUCUCAAAUCUGCCCUACAGUCUGAGUGUAAGGAGGAUGCUCAGUCGAAGCAGAACGCAGGCUACAGUCUUCAUCAGCUGCAGGGCAAUAAAGCUCACGGCACGGAGCGCUCUGGGAUGCUCCUCAAACGCAGCGAGGGAUUGAGGAAAGUUUGGCAGAAAAGGAAGUGCUCUGUGAAAAACGGAUUGUUGACUAUUUCGCAUGGAAUGGCCAAUGCACCGCCAGCAAACCUGAACCUCUUAACCUGCCAAGUGAAGCGUAACCCAGAUGAGAAAAAAUGCUUUGAUCUCAUAUCACAUGACAGAACGUAUCACUUCCAGACUGAGGAUGAGGCAGAGUGUCAGAUAUGGGUUUCUGUACUCCAGAAUAGCAAAGAGGAGGCGCUGAACAAUGCCUUUAAGGAUGAUCAGAACGAGGGAGAAAAUAACAUUGUUCGUGAGCUCACUAAGGCCAUCGUGGGAGAAGUGAAGAAGAUGAGCGGCAAUGACGUGUGCUGUGACUGUGGAGCUUCUAGUCCAACAUGGCUCUCCACAAACCUGGGUGUGUUGAUUUGCAUCGAAUGCUCUGGGAUCCAUCGGGAAAUGGGCGUCCACUACUCCCGAAUACAGUCUCUGACUCUGGACGUUUUAGGCACAUCUGAACUACUGCUUGCUAACAGCGUAGGAAAUGCAGCAUUCAAUGAAAUCAUGGAGGCAAACCUGUCCUCAGAGAUCCCAAAACCCAACCCUUCAAGUGACAUGCAAGUACGAAAAGACUUCAUCACAGCCAAGUACACAGAGAAGCUUUUCGCUCAGAAGAAGUAUCCAGAUAACGCAGCUCGACUUCAUGCACUGUGUGAUGCAGUGAAGUCUCGGGACAUCUUCUCCCUGAUCCAGGUCUACGCUGAAGGGCUGGACCUGAUGGAGACCAUUCAUCAGCCUAACCAGCAUGAACCAGGCGAGACAUCGCUACAUCUUGCGGUACGAAUGGUGGACCGAAACUCUCUCCAUAUUGUGGACUUUCUUGUACAGAACAGUGGCAAUUUAGACAAGCAGACGGCCAAAGGAAGCACAGCGCUGCAUUAUUGCUGCUUGACUGAUAACAGUGAAUGUAUGAAGCUGCUGCUGCGGGGAAAAGCAUCUGUCAGCAUUACUAAUGAUGCUGGAGAGACUGCUCUGGAUUUGGCGCAGCGUCUCAAACACUCCAAAUGCGAGGAGCUGCUGACUCAGGCGCAGACGGGGAAGUUCAAUGUCCAUGUGCAUGUGGAAUAUGACUGGCGUCUGCAUAAUGAGGAUCUGGACGAGAGCGAGGAUGAAAUGGAGGACAAGCCCAUUCCCAUCAGGCGUGAGGAGCGUCCAAUAAGCUGUAUAGUUCCAGGCAGCGGCCCCAUGAUGCCCAACAUGAGCGCUCUGGCUCGGGACGUGGCCAAUGUGGUCAAUAACAAGCAGAGGGCUUUCAUUCCCAGCAUGAUGAUGAACGAGACUUACGGCACCAUGCUCGAUCCCAACUCUCCACCACUGGGUUUACCAGGAGUACCUGGCAUUCCUCUUCUACCCCCGCGUCCCUUAGGAAGGGGAUGGAGUCCACCAAUGGAGAACAUCGGCAGACAGAGGUCAUGUUCUGAUCCUGCAAACCCUCAAACUCCUGAACGAAAUAACUCUGUGUAUGUUCUGCCUCCUGCUCCUCCACCACCUCCUGCACCCAAGAGACCUCCACCUCCAGAUCCAAAGGCCAGUCUUCUUCCUCCAGCGGCCACGGCUCCUCCUGCACCAUCCGCACCGCUCCUCAUUCCACCCGCUCCUCUCAGGCCAGCGCCUGUAGUACCCCCAGCCCCAGUGUUGCCCACUUCAUUUUCUUAUAAACCCCCACCUCCACCUGUACCUGUACAGCCAAAAGCCCCUGCAUCCAAACCAGUCAAAUCACCCACUCGGGAUCCCACUGGUUCAUUUAGUAAAGAUGCAAGUGUAAAUAAAGCUCCACCUAUUGGCCCCCAAUCAAGUGAUAAAACAGAUGCUCCCUCAUCUGCUUUAGCACAAGCACCUGCUCCUGUUCCUGCACCAUCACCUAAACCCAGAACAGCUCCACCAAAACAGAGACCUAAGAGGGUAAAAGCGUUGUAUAACUGUGUGGCUGAUAACGCAGAUGAGCUGACCUUCUCAGAGGGAGAGAUGAUAAUAGUGGACGGAGAGGAGGACAAGGAGUGGUGGGUGGGCCACAUUGACGGGGAACCAACCAGAAGGGGCGUUUUUCCAGUCGCGUUCGUUCACUUCGUCACUGACUGAUGUCAAGACUCUGCUGUCUAAAGCCCAGCUCACACUGUGCGAUUUUUUAAUACACCUUAAUGAUAGUAGCAUCAGAGUGCACAAGUCUGAUCCCCAUGUGUCCCUCAGUUUUCAUAACAUCAGACUGAACCACAAUUGAGAAGCACCAAAAAUGGACAAGCAAGAAAACUCACCCGGAGUUUGACAUCAUCCAUCUGUGACAUUUUCACUAUACCGCAUCCAGACAUGAAACCUCACGGCAAACAUAAACAAACUGUAGCAGCAUUUUUACUCACAACAUGCCUCAAUGACAACCAGAAAAGGCGGUGGUUUAAAAUUGUCGUGCUGACAUCAGAUAUACCGCUCCUAUUGACUCUUGGUUUGAUGUUCAUCAUAGCCGAAUUCACACUGCAGGAAAGAGUCUGAAAUCUUCUUACACCACCAGAACUUCAUCAUUGGAGGGAAAAUCUGAUCACAGCGCCCAUUAAUCAAAGACUGAUUUUAGCCUAGGAUUACUGAAAUCUUUUAGGAUUUCCCAUGUUUGUUUCAGAUGAGCAAAUCGUUGCUGAAAUUGCACAGUGUGAGCAGGGCUUAAAUCAGAUCACCAAACUAUCGUUGAGACCUGACACCACUGAAUAUUUAACAAUCAAUAAGCCCCUCGGCCAUCCAUGUGGCUGAUUGGUGGCGUACGGGACAUUCACAAGCAUUAAGACCUCAGGAAGUGUUUAUUUUCUAUCAGUUACUUUGAUUCCAAGUGCAAUUACCUCUACCUUUAAUACGGAAAUCAUUUAUGAACUGUGUUGAGUGAUAUGCAUUAUAUAGAGACGGUUUGGUUUUAUAAAGCUGUGGUUGGAUGAGCGUUUUGUGUUUUUCAGACAGCAGUUGCAGAGUGACUCUUAUAUGGCAAGGGUUUAAAGGCACAAUAUGUGAUAGAGGGCAAGUAUUCACAACAAACAAAGGGUUAUGUCUGUUAAAGUGCUGCUCUGUGCAGUUUAAUAAAACGCACAAUAUUUUAAAGCAUCUUUGGAGUUUUCCUGUUUUCUAGAAAACCAAACUAGAAAUCGAGGGUGAUGAUGACCAACUGGAAAUUGCAGGUGUAUGAUGUCAUGAGCAUGACAACACUAGUUAAAAUGGCUUAUUUCUCUGGAUUUGAUCAUUCUUUGAAACCUUUGGGAUAAUGCAAGUAAGCUAGCCAAAAUAUAUAACACUGUUCUAGAGAUUUUUAUAUAUUUUAAAGAAAAUAAUGAUACAUAUUGUGCCUUUAAGUAACAUGAUGGACCAGGUAGGUUGCUUCUCAAGAUUUGUUACCAGACAAGCCAUUAAACUUACUCAGCACGUUCUGUGGUUUCAUUUUCAGCGUUAAUAUUUUUCACAAAAAUGUUAAAGUAGUGGCUUAGAAAACGUUUAUAGUAACAUUCAUGAUUUUUGUGGAAACCAGAUUGAAUAAAAAAAAUGGAAUUUAUUUUAAAUAAUAUAUUACUUAACUGUAA